UGUGGCCUCCAUAUAGGGAAUUGACGUAUUUUUCGCGAAAUGCAUUCAGUGCAAUUAUUGGGCGUUUUGUUUUGCUCACAACAUUCGCUUACGGCACUGAAAUUUUCAGUCUCGUGUGAAUUUCGUAAAUUUACGUAAAUUGUAGAACCAAAUCGAAAUAAAUUAAAUUAUGUCGCGACACGCAUUAAUCGGCGGAGGAACGGGAUUCAUUGGUAAAGGUUUAAACAAACAUUUGAUCAAAAAUGGUUAUGAUGUCACUGUAAUAUCCCGAAUGCCUGGGCUGAAGCGCAUAACCUGGUUGGAAUUGGAGCGGAACGGUAUACCAAAUGGUAUUACAGCUGUUGUGAAUUUGGCAGGACAAAAUGUCUUAGAUCCAAGUCGACGCUGGACAGAUGGUUUUAAACAAAAUGUGUGGACUUCUCGUGUUAACACAAGUGCAGCAUUAGUGAAAGCCAUUGCAGAUGCACCUCAAGUGAAAGCUUUUGUGAAUGUAUCAGGAGUAAGUCACUAUAAACCUGAUGAUAAGCAUAUUUAUACUGAGAGCGAUCCAGUAGAAGGAUUUGAUUUUAUGUCGAAGUUAUGCUUAGAGUGGGAGAAAGCAGCAACAUUACCAGGGAAUGUUAAGCACUGUAGGGGCGUUAAAAUACGUACUGGGGUUGUAAUAGGACGAACAGGUGGAAUGAUUCAGAAUAUCUGGCUUCCUUUCCAAUUGGGUUUAGGCGGUCCUCUAGGCAGUGGAAAACAAAUUCUGCCUUGGAUUCAUUUAUAUGAUUUAUGCCAACUAGUACAAAGCAGUAUUGAAAAUGAUAAAAUAGAGGGUGUAAUGAACGGUGUGGCACCGGAAAUUGUAACUAAUGGCCAAUUUUCAAAGGCCUUUGCUUCCGCUUUACGACGUCCUUGUCUAUUCGCAGUACCAGAGUUUGUAGUACAAGCGCUGUUUGGCAAAGACCGUUCUGCAUUACUUCUAUCCGGCGCUAAGGUUCAACCGAAGAGAACUCUGGAAAGUGGUUUUAAAUUUUAGUAUCCCACAGCGAAGGAAGCAUGUUUAGAAGUUGUUAAGAAAAAUUAA